GCCGAGCGCGGCUACUUUUAAACAGCGUCAUCUGUGAGCGUUUAGAACGAAAGUUUAUAUUUGUACUUCGUCUUUGAACGUCCGCAAUUCGCUCUUCUCUUUCUCUUUCUCUUUAUCCGUGAUGGAGGAUAAAAGCGCAUCUGGUAAUGCCGCGGCUACGGAAAACGCAGCCGCCGGUUCACCGCCUGCGAAGAAGGCCGCGAAAUCUAAAGCGAAAACGCAGCGCCCGAAGUCCACGCAUCCGCCGACCUCGGAGAUGGUCACAUCUGCCAUCAAGGAGCUGAAGGAUCGCAAGGGCUCGUCCGUGCAGGCCAUCAAAAAGUACAUCGCCUCGACGUACAAGGUUGACGGGGAGAAGUUCGCUCCCUUCAUCAAGAGAUACCUAAGGGCGGCGGUUACUUCCGGUGCAGUGGUGCAGACCAAGGGGAAGGGUGCAUCGGGCUCCUUCAAGCUCUCGACUAACAAGCCCGCUCCAAAGAACAAGGUAAAACGUACCGCACCGAAACCGAGUUCGGAUACUAAGAAGACCACCGAGAAGAAGGUUGCAAAGAAAGCGCCCGCCACGAAAAAGGCAACCGAAACUAAGAAGGCAGCGGCUGAAAAGAAAUCUACAUCUGCCAAGAAGACAGCCAAAACAGCGGCAGCGAAGAAGGUUGAAGCCGCGGCGAAGCAGAAAGCCGCUGCUCAGACCAAAAAUCUAUCCAAGACCAAGAAAGCCACCAAAGCUCCAGCCGCAAAGACAAAGACGCCCAAACCGAAAACCACUAAGGCAACAGCUACCAAGACCGCAAAGGCAGCAAAAAAAUAAUUUUCUGACACUGCUGACACAAAACUGGCCCUUUUCAGGGCCCCAAUCCUAAUACGAUGGAAUGAUCUCUCUUGUAUCACAAUAACUAUUAAAUUUAUUACUUCCUUUCCAGGAUUAUAUUUAUAGAGA